UGCGAAGCUUGCAGGCGCCAAGGAGGCUCGAGCACCGACCCCUCGACACAAAAACUCCUCUGUCUGCGCAUUUCAUGCUUGAAUUCGAAUGUAAACAUAUAAAUAAUUAACUUAGCAAGACAGAUUUCUUAAAGUUUUACCGUCGCCUUGACCAGCUAGGCUGGAAAAUGCGCCGCCUGAAACGAAUACCCUCGCCGCCAUUCGCAGAAGAAGAAUAAUUUGAGGAUAAAAUCAGCCCAAACACUUGAAAAAUGAUUGAAAUAAACAACUCGUUUGGAAUGUGGAGGUCGUACAUUGUGCGAUUUUUCCGCAGAAAGUUGGUUCUCGGUGUGAUUUUUGGCUUGUCCCUCACCUACUGCAUUUUUAGCUUUGUCAGCCAGGGAAGCAAUUUGGUGGACGAUCCUGAUUCAAUGGUCAGGACACGAAGUCAGCCCUUUGUUUGGCACUCUUCAGGUGGUGAAGAGGUGAAUUCGACAAGUUUAAAGGUCACCACUUGCAGGAACUCUGUGCAAGGAAAAGUUUUAAUUGUCGAUGAUCGAGGCUACAUUUGUUUGCGAGGGAACAUUUUACCUUCUGGCUGCUGUGAUACACUUUUAGAUACGACUAAAAGAUACUCAUGUGAAACGUGCAAGGAUAACCACUGCUGCAGCAUCUACGAACAUUGCAUUUCUUGUUGUCUCCACCCAGACAAAAAAAAUGUACUUCAGUCGGUGCUGGGGAAAGCAUCGGAGACUAUGAACGUCCUGUUCGCGUCAGUGUCGGACCACUUUGAGUUGUGCCUCGCAAAGUGCCGCACCAGUUCGCAAAGUGUGCAGCACGAAAACUCGUACCGUGAUCCGCGGGCCAAACACUGUUACGGCGACAUGCCGCCGGCAGCGGAAUUGCCAGUGGCGAAUACUUCGUAAUAUUACAUAGUGAAAAACGAACCAUUCUUGUCUUUUGUAAAUCUCCUUAUGAUAUCAUCUGUUGAUAAAUUUAUGCUCUUCAGUCAAUAAAGAUAAUUUGUUAACUAAAACAACUAAAGGCGUGAUGAGAUGAUGAAAUGAAAGAAAGCGACCCGUACCAGCUCAUUCAUGUAGUUUUAUUAGACAUGAUCAGGACUUAAAACAGCUAGACUAGAUAUGCAAGGAUACUGCAAUGAUGUGCUACUCGAGAUAGAUCAAACCGGUCGGAGAUGUACAACACAACAGGCCUAAUAAAAAUUUAUUAGUCGACUGAUGCAAGAUUUAAGCACCAAACGAGAAUAAAAUAAUAUUUUGUUGUGUGAAGUCUUACAUGAUUAAUAAAUGCCACUUCAAUCGGAUCU